AUGGCGGUAGCGAAGGGAAUCGUGACUGUUGCUCAAGAGUGCAACGUCCGUGCAGUCACUCAAUCUCCCGAUAGCGCAGCGGCAAAGGCACUCGCCGCACGCGGCAUUGACGUCGUUGAAGCAGAUUUGACCGACACCGCAGCUCUUCGAGCGGCAUUUGCGGGUUCAUAUGCCGUUUUCGCAGUCACCAACUUUUGGAGGCUAUUUACGGACGCACAGAAGGAAUUCUCCGCAGAUUAG